GAAGUGACUGCAUUGGGAGGCAGUGGCUUCAGGUUUGUGGUGAACUUGCAUGAUAGGACAUGUUCUUGUAGAGCAUGGCAUGUUUCUGGAAUUCCAUGCAAGCAUGCUAUAGCAUUCAUCACAUCACUCAGCAAUGCACCUCUAGAGAACUAUGUCGACUUAUUUUACUCAACAGACAAAUUUAGAGCAGUAUAUGGUCAACUAAUCCCUGCUAUGGCUGAUAAGUCACAGUGGCCUAAAUUGUCCCAUGAUUUUUUCAUGCAUCCACCACUACUAAAAGCCACAGCUGGUAGGAGUCAAAAUGAGAGGUACAAGAGCUGUAGUGAGAAGAAAAGGACAAAAGGGCAGCACCAAUGCCCUAUUUGUAAGGGCUAUGGGCAUCAUUGGCACAAUUGCAAGAAUGGUAACCCAGAGGACAUUGCAGCUAUGAUGGAACUGAGAGGACCACCAAAGAAGAAAAGAAAGACCACCAAAGCAUCAACUCAGGAAAGCAUUGUCCCUUGGAAUGGUGAAGCACCUGCAUCCUCUGUCUUUCCCACCAAGGUUGGCUACCUUAGAUUCUGGAGGCUCAGUAAGGUGCAGGUCAGCCGGUAGCACCAAUCAGCCCGAACCCAUGACCAUUGAGUUCCCUACGUCUAGUGCUUCGAAUCAUCCACCAGUGGCUACAACCAAGGGUACAAAGAAGCAGACUAAACAGAAGGAUAAGCCCAAGCCCAAAGGGAAGAAACAAGCCAAAAAGAAAGCAAAGCAGACAACUGUGUUGUUUGACAGUCCUGCAAUGGGCACAAGAAGCAAAAAGGUUGAUCCAUGCAGCCCUGCCAUGAGCACAAGGAGUCGAAGAAGGCUUAGUCUGUAAUUUAUGGUCAUUUACCUUGUUUUGACCAAGUCUGCAGAGCUUUUGUGCACUAAUGAACCUGCUGGAUGGGAACUUCAGAAUCAGUGUUGCUACUGUAUGUGUGUGUGUGAAAUUGAGAACCUGUCAUGUUAGAAACUGCUACUGUAUGUGUGUGUGAACUUGAGAACCGGUGUAUUCUCUAGUUAUCACCAUGUGUUGUUAUGUGAACUUGCUGUAUGCAUGUUUGCGACAAACCUAGAUGUGCUGAUAUUUUUAUAUAUGUGAACAUGCUGAUCCAGUUACAUU